AUGCAGGCCAUUCAGAACGCGGAGAAGAGCCCCGAGGUGGAUGAAAGGGCUCCAGACCUUGAGAAGGCAUCAAGCUGUCAAGAUGGGACGACUACAACCGUUGGUUCGGGAGUCGACGAUGCUGGAUUUCGCAGGCAGUUGGGAAAGCGGCAGAUCAUGAUGAUGACCUUCGGGGCAGGCAUCGGAACAGGUCUUUGGGUUGGGACAGGCACAGCCCUCAAGUAUGCAGGUCCAGGUGGCAUUGCGGUUGCAUACACCAUUGUGGCCUUCAUCGUGUAUCUGCAGUACACUUCUGUCGGCGAAAUGUCAACAUACCGACCCGUCCACGGAGGAUUCAUCCGCCAGCAGAAAGAAUACGUCGACAGCGCCUUCGCAUUUGCCACAGGAGUCAACUUCUGGUUCCAAUGGGUGAUGAUCAUUCCCGCAGAAAUCACAGCGGCGGUCUCAGUGCUGCAGUUCUGGCCAGAGACGAGCGUCGUACCACUCGCCGCUUACAUCACUAUGUUCCUAGCCGUCAUGGUGGUAGGAAACGUAUUCUCUGUCCGGGUGUAUGGCCACAUUGAGUACUGGAUGUCUUGGAUUAAGAUUCUUGCCAUCUUUGCCAUGAUCUUCUUCCUAUUCAUCAUGGCCAGCGGAGGCAUUGCUGCCACUCACGGUCCGCUGGUUUUCCACUAUUGGAAGACCCCUGGAGCUUUCACCAACGGCAUCAAAGGGAUCGCGAAAGCCUUCGUUCAGGCCGGGUUCUCAUUUGGCGGAGGAGAGCACAUUGCAAUCAUCGCAGGCGAAGCAAAGAAGCCACGGAAAACGAUCAAAGCGACAGUCUAUCCCGUGUUCUGGCGGAUGUUCGCUUUCUUCGUUCUCAAUAUCUGGCUACGAGCUAAGCAGGGCUGGCUUGCUCACGUUCUGAAUGCUUUCAUCUUCCUGACGGUGAUCAGCUGCGGUAUCACAUCUGUGUAUAUCGCGAGUCGGAGCCUGACGGCGAUGUCUGACAUUAAGCUGAUUCACCCUAUCUUCGGCAGGAAAGACAAAGCAGGGCGGCCUUGGUUGUCGUUGGGUAUUAGCACCCUGAUUGGUGGCGGGUUGUGCUACCUGAACACGAACUCGACGACGUCAGACGUGUACUCAUGGUUCUCAAGCCUUGUCGCAAUCGCUGCCUUCUUCCAGUGGUUUUCUAUCUUCGUGUGUCAUUGCUUCUUCAGGGAGGCUCAGAAUAUCAGCUACAAAAGUCUGCCUUUCAAAGCACCGCUGGCCCCAUGGCUACCAAUGGUCGGCAUCAUCGUUGUCUUCUUCAUACUGGGUUGCGAGUUUUACCUCUCGGUCAGCCCAUUCGGAGAGAAAGGCAGCGCCAAGACAUUCUUUGCCACCUAUCUCGGAGCACCACUUUUCGUCUUCGACUUCGUGGCGUAUAAGUUGUGGUACAAGACCAAAUUCGUCAAGCCUUCGGACGUUGAUUUCUCUGAAGCGUUCGCUUUCGACGAACAAGAUAGGCUGGAGGCGGAAUUGGCAGCUCAAAAUGGCGACGUGCACGAGAAAGGCUGGAACGUGUGGCAGAAAGUGAAGAACUUGGUGUUCGGGUAG